AUGGGCGCCUAUCUCUAUGGGCGCUUAUCUCUAGGGGCGCCUAUCUAUAGGGGAGCCUAUCUCUAUGGGCGCCUCUCUUUAGGGGCGCCUGUUUCUAUGGGCUCCUAUCUCUUUAGGCGCCUAUCUCUAUGGGCGCCUAUCUCUAUGGGCGCCUAUCUCUAUGGGCGCCUAUUUCUAGGGGCGCCUAUCUCUAGGGGCGCCUAUUUCUAUGGGCGCCUAUCUCUAGGGGCGCCUAUCUCUAUGGGCGCCUAUCUCUAUGGCCGCCUAUCUCUAGGGGCGUCUAUCUAUAUGGGCGCCUAUCUCUAUGGGCGCCUAUCUAUAGGGGAGCCUAUCUCUAUGGGCGCCUGUUUCUAUGGGCCCCUAUCUCUUGGGGCGUCUAUCUCUGUGGGCGCCUAUCUCUAUGGGCGCCUAUCUCUAGGGGCGCCUAUCUCUAGGGGCGCCUAUCUCUAG